CAUGGCUCCUCUUGCCGCCCACACUGUAUUGUUGUUAAGAUGGCGGAGCCCGGGGAGCCAGGCCCGGCUGCUCCGGUUUGCACUUUCCUCUUUAAAAAAUCCAGCCGGAAAUUUAAAGGAAGGAAGCGGAGAGCGAGCGCCAGCGACAAAGACAGCAGUGGAGACGAUGAUGGGAACACUGCAGUGCGGAGAGAAAAGAGAACGACUGUGUCGAACCCCAUGAUACAGAAGACUGCGAGACCAGAAGUGAAAGCGCAGUACAGUGACAGUGACAGUGAUGGAGCCGAAAAAAUCACCGUGUCCUACAAAUCCACCCGAUCAGCGAAACCUGUCGGCCCAGAGGACAUGGGAGCAACAGCUGUGUAUCAACUGGACACUGAGAAAGAUAAAGACAUGCAAGCAAUCUUCGAACGAAGUCAGAAGAUCCAAGAAGAACUAAAAGGGAAAGAAGAUGAGAAAAUCUAUCGAGGUAUCAACAACUACAUCAAGUACGUGAAACCCAAAGACACAUCCAUGGCAAAUGCAGCUUCAGGAAUGGUGAGGAAAGGACCUAUCCGAGCUCCUGAACACCUUCGAGCGACUGUGCGAUGGGACUACCAGCCUGACAUCUGUAAAGAUUACAAAGAGACCGGCUUUUGUGGUUUUGGAGAUAGCUGUAAGUUUCUACACGACCGCUCGGACUACAAGCAUGGCUGGCAGAUAGAACGAGAGCUGGAUGAAGGCCGAUAUGGUGUAAAUGAUGAUGAGAACUAUGAAGUGAGCAGUGACGAGGAUGACCUUCCCUUUAAGUGCUUCAUUUGCAGGGCCUCUUUUACCAACCCAGUAAUCACCAAGUGUAAGCACUAUUUCUGUGAAAGUUGUGCUCUGCAGCAUUACCGUAAAUCCAAGCGCUGUUAUGUGUGUAACGAGCAGACGAAUGGAGUCUUCAAUCCAGCCAAAGAACUUAUGGCAAAAUUGGCAAAGCGUGAAACUGAGCAUCCGUCAGACCAUUCCAACUCUGCAGAUGAAGUGGAAUAAACAGACUAACUCUCCCUUCCCCCCCACCCCGCGCAGAAUAUAUACCAAGCUUCAAAUUAGUUGAGCAAAAUAAACACACUUGUUUUAGAAAAA